AUGAAUAGUUCUGUGUCGUCAGAUAUAUCAGAUCAACAUGGUGAAGAAAUACUCAAUUCUGGUGGAAAUCAGUUAGAUUGGCGUUUGAAAGCCUGUGAAUUGUUGGAGCAACAUAUUGAAGAAAUAAAGUUGAAUAAUACCAACUUAGUACUUGAAUCGUGUGCACUAGCAUCGUGUUUAAGAGAUCUUCUUGUAGAGGUUGAGUCUCUAAAAACAUCUUCCGUUGUUAACUCACUUGAUGAUGAGAAAAUCAUGGAAUAUUUGUUACAUUACCAAUCUGUUAUUUCACUUGACGAAUUAGCUGAUGGUGAUUUAUUGUCGUUUACAGAAGAUAAAUAUUCAAUUAAGGAGUCUAAUAAUUUGUCACAUUGUACAAAUUCAAAGAAUAGUUCCUUAGGUAUACAUGAAAGUCGAGUAGUUCAAGAAAAUGUGAAACAAACGUGUGAAAAUGUUUCUAAUCUUUCAAAUAUUCACACUAAUGAUAAUCGACCAUCUCUUCAUAAGCGUUCUGCCGGACACGUAGAUGAAGAAAAUAUUGAUUGUGACGAUCCUGAAUUAAUACGUUCUGCGUUUAGACUAUUUGCAAAGCAUAUUGGUCCAUCUUUAAAACGUGAACAUCGUACAGCAUAUAAUGCACCACCAACUCAAGAUUGGUUAGCUGAGCAACUACUAUCUAGAUGGGAUGAAUUAAGUGCAUCUGAAAAGUUCACAUGGCGCAAACGUGUUAAAUCCUCUUAA